AUGGACUUUAUCCUUCUCGCCGACGAUGUGCUGAUCUGCACCAUCGCGUUUCUCUCUGUUCCAGAUAUUCUGCGACUCCGUCAGUGUAAACGGUUCGACGCAGUGACAAGGCUACCAAUCAUAUGGACCAACGCCUAUAAGCUCAACAUUCUGUCCAAUGACUAUCUUUUCCUGCUCGAUGAUAUCGAUCUUGAACAGCGCACGCUACACGCAUACCGACUCGCGUCACGAUGGCUCCCUGACUGUUCUCUAGAUCAAGUUCAUCCCAGGGUGGCAGCACAAAUGGCUGCUGACCGCAUCCAAGGGGCCACGGUCAAUCCUAACGAUCUGGGACUCGUGGAGGCGCACAAGUGCUCGAAAUGGUCCCACACCGGAACGGCGUUGGAUUCAGGGAUGUGA